AUGAAUUUUUGUUCAUUUAUUUUUUUUUUAUUUAUUGUAUUAUUAAGCGUAUUACUUGCAGAAAAAAAGAAUAACCAUAAAAAGGAUUUAUAUGAACAUGAUAAUAAAAACAGUUAUCGUUCUUCUCAUAAGAGAAUUACAAGUGUAAAAUGUGCCACAAGAGAACCUGAAUAUCAUGAAUGGUCAAAAAAUGUUAACGUACAUGAAACGUUUGUAAAAUACAAGCAAGGAGAUAACAAAAGGAAUUUGGAUAAAGGGAGAAAUGAUAACAAAUAUUCAAAAAAUAUAUCAAAUAAUAAGAAUUCUGGAGAUAUAUUUAAAUCGGUUAAAAGUGAAGAAGCUUGUGAUUAUAAAAAUAAUAUGGUAAAUAAAUGUAAUGUAACUCGUUCAUCCAAACCUACAUUGAAAAAAAAUAGUUUUAUGAAUAGAUUGAAGAAUAAAUUAUAUAAAAUGAUUUUUAAAAGAAAUAAAUUUUGGAGAGUUAUUUCAGGAACCAUUACAGUUUUGGGACAGAGUACUAUAAUGUAUAUGAUUCUCAUGGUUAUAGGAAGUAUCAUUAUAUGUUCAUGGCCAAGUGCAUGUACUUGUGCAUUUGCUGGUACAUUAAUUGUUGCAUCGUUGGUUUCCAUGGGAGUUAUUACAUUAUUAAUAAUAUUAAUAAUUGUAGUAGUUUGGUUACUUGUUACAUGGUUAUGGUUACAUAAAGAUAUAUAUUAUGAAACACAUGAAAAAUAA